UGUAACUUCCAUGGCAAUUGAGAAUCCUAACCCAACACAACACAAAACAACCCAUUAACACAAGGAGAGGAUAAGACCGCUCUCUCUCACACUCACAGAAACAAAAACAAGGAGGAAAAAAAAUCUCAAAAUAAAGCAACCAAACCUCAAUCUCCUCAAACACAAGAUCAACAAACAAUGUCUUGCUCCAAUCUCACAAUGCUUGUCUCCUCCAAACCUUCCCUCUCCGACCCCUCCAACCUCUCCUUCCGCUCCGUUCUCAACCCUUUUCAGCUACCUUCACAAAACCCAACUUCAUGCACCCCUUCACGCUCUUCCUCUACCCAGGUUCAGUGUGGUCUCCGAGAGCUCAGAACUCGCAUUGAUUCUGUUAAAAACACUCAGAAAAUCACUGAGGCAAUGAAGCUUGUGGCAGCUGCAAAAGUUAGAAGAGCUCAAGAAGCUGUGGUCAACGCAAGACCCUUCUCGGAGACCCUCGUUGAAGUCCUCUACAACAUCAACGAGCAGCUCCAAACCGAGGACGUAGACAUUCCUCUAACAAAGGUGAGGCCAGUGAAGAAGGUUGCACUUGUCGUGUGCACUGGCGAUCGCGGCCUCUGCGGCGGCUUCAACAACGCAAUCAUAAAGAAAGCCGAGAGUAGAAUUAAGGAGUUGAAGGAACUUGGUUUGGAAUACACUGUCAUCAGUGUUGGCAAAAAGGGUAACUCUUAUUUCCUUCGAAGGCCUUAUAUACCAGUUGACAGGUUUCUAGAAGGUGGUUCACUUCCAACUGCUAAGGAAGCUCAGGCUAUAGCUGAUGAUGUUUUCUCACUGUUCGUGAGCGAAGAGGUUGACAAAGUGGAGCUUCUGUACACUAAGUUUGUGUCAUUGGUGAAGUCAGAUCCCGUGAUUCACACUUUGCUUCCACUGUCACCAAAAGGAGAGAUUUGUGAUAUCAACGGUGUGUGUGUUGAUGCUGCUGAAGAUGAGUUCUUCAGGUUGACCACCAAGGAGGGAAAGUUGACUGUGGAGAGAGAUGUUGUGAGGACUAAGACUGCUGAUUACUCACCAAUUUUGCAGUUUGAGCAAGACCCAGUUCAGAUCCUUGAUGCUUUGUUGCCUUUGUAUUUGAACAGCCAGAUACUGAGGGCCUUGCAGGAGUCUCUGGCCAGUGAACUCGCUGCAAGAAUGAGUGCUAUGAGCAGUGCAACGGACAAUGCUUCAGAUUUGAAGAAGAGGUUGUCCAUUGUCUACAAUAGGGAGCGCCAGGCUAAGAUCACUGGUGAAAUUCUGGAAAUCGUGGCUGGUGCAAAUGCCUUACAAUAGUGCAAUUUGUAGGUUCUGGUUUGAUCUCAGGAGAUAAGCACCUAAUGCAUUAGAGUGAAGAAAUUGUUCUGGAGCUUCUCAAAGGAGGUCAACGUACCCUUUUAUGUCUGGUCUUCUCCUCAACUUGGUUCUGAUUUCUAAAGCAGAAAAGUUCAUUGUUCUUAUGAUGGAGCUGUAGGGAAAAGGAAUACGAGUACAGAGAACACCGAGUCUGAACAAAUUACUUGCAAAAAAAUGACAUGCAAUUUGUAUUUGUAUAAUAAAUCAUGUGAAAAGUAAUAUAAACCCUUUGCCAUCCAUGUAUUUGACAUUCGAA